AUGGUCAAAAGAAACGACGCCCUCACCAAUGUCAAUCAGAACCCUAUACAACGUGACGACGAAGGCGGCCUAGAACCACGGCACGAUGCAGCAAACCUCGACGACUUUAGCAAAGAUGCAAUCAUUCAGGAGCUUAAUAGAGUCCAGGAUGGCCAUGGUGUGCCGCGGACUCCAGCUGUCAUCAAGAAAGAUGCCGUUGCACAGCUCCUAGCUACUUACCGGAUGCUGCAUCCCCACCGCCAGUAUGCACUGUGGUCCGAGGACUACAUCGGCGAUGGCAACCCUCCUUUUGUUGGGCCUACGACACCGCAAGAGGCGAUGGAAGUCGGCUUGGAGAACAGGCUCGUCUUGUGCGAUUUUGAAGGCCACCUAGGUGAAUGGUGGGACCAGCUUCUCCCGUUGGACGGCCUUCGGCGUGUGCAAUGGAGAGGAAUGAAGACCUUGUUCCGAUCAUUCGCAAUGGCCUUCUUCGGACACGAAAACGAGUGGCGUACAGUCCAGACAGCGGUGCAGACCCUUUGGUCUCAUGCAAUGGACGUGAGACACGCCCUCGUUCCUGGGUCCGGACAAAUCAAUGAGUUGGCACGCCGUCGGAGGCUGCUAUACGAACGCUUGGAUGCUUCCACAAGACGCCAGGGCGAGCGCGGACGGCUUCUGGACCAGCUAUUCGACUGGAGGGUCGAAGGUACCAUGGAAAUGGUGCAGCUUCUGGCUGAUGCUUUUGAUGUGGAAAUACUCGUUCACAUUCCACACCUUCCACCUCCGACCGGUCCUGAAGGGGCGUCUAUAGGAUGGAAAGUUUUAAGUCGAGGAAUUCCGUCGAACCGCGGCCAAAUCAACCUGGUCAACUACUCCUCAAUUAAUCGAUGGACAGUAGCUCGGAAUACCUCAUCCGAGGGGACACCGAGAGCGUUCAAGUAUACCGCCCAUUUGAGCAUAGACCGUACGAACUAUUUCCACCGUCGUCCAGUGCUGGAGGACCCCUUUUUACCGAGUGCACUUCCCAGGAAUGACUCUUCAGCGGAUGACCAUCGCCCGAACUAUAUCCUAGAAAUGCCGAAUCGCAACGGGGCUCCUAGUGAUCAGACUCAGCGCAGUGAUUCGAGCGAGGCUAGCGAUCAGACUCAGCGCCGCGAUCCGAGCGAGGAUCUCUAUUUCACGGGGGGCACAGAUCGUCUGACCACACCAGAAGACUAUCUCUUGAUCCAGAGGGUCAGGCAUGAAGCCGAGGAGCUAGAGAAUACGCACCGUAGUACCAACACUGCAGCAGAGAAUACGCAUCAUAGAACCAACACUGCAGUAGAGACGCGCAGCUUCAAGGAUUCCGAUUUCACCCAGAAAUCAAAUUCCGACAAUAUCGCACCAGGGGUACCGGCGGCGCCUGUUUACUCCGAGCGUUUGCUCAAGCAUAUUUUGGUACUCAAACUGCCUGGAGGCGUGUUUCUCGUGAUGCAGAGCGUAUCAUUGGGCUUGCUGGACUGGUUCCUGACGCUCAACAUGACCCCGAGAUUCAACUCUCAAGAAACCACCUUUAUAACAGAAUGGACCAUGAAUCGCGCAGGAAUGGCUGGGGUAGCUUGCUACAACAAGCAAGAGGUCAGGAGUUUGGGACCGAUGCCAUAG